AUGUGCCAGAGCGAAGCGCCCGACGCCGCGCCGGUCAAGCCAGACGCGGCACCUCCGGCCUCCAAGCCAAAGCCACAGGCGGAGGAGCUGGCGGCGAUUCGCCACUCGCCUCAGCGCAAGCGUGCGAUCGCUCUUGGCCGGCCCUCGGAUGCGGCCGGCGAGUGUGACGUGGUGGCGGACCCGCGCUUCGACAUCGACAAGACCAUCUUCGGGACGCUCACCUCGCCCAUCAAGCGCUGGGUGCAGUCGGCGAAGCUCAACCACGUCGAGACCUGGCACGCCGAGCCGCUCGCCGGCAUCGAGUCUGCCUUUGCCGCCGUGUCUGUGCCUCGGUCGGUCUCGGACGACGCGCCCCUGUUCCGGUUCAUGGCGGAGGAGUGCGACUUCUCGCUCGAGCACGCGGACGGGUCCUUCAUGGACCACCUCCACUUCUGCGCCGACUACUCUGCGCUGCACUUUUCGGCACUCGCCCGGCGAGCGGCGUAUGCGCUCCGCUCCCUGCUCGACGAGGAGGAGUUCGCGCAGAUCUCCGCCUUCCCGUCGGUGCUGCGGCUGAUGGCGGCCAGCGAGGAGGAGUUGGGCGCGCUGCGAGGCCUGUCGUGCCGCCGCGUGCUCGACAACGCCGAGGUGCACCUCUCGUCCGAGCAGCUCUGGGCGCACCUCAACUACCAGCUGAUCCACCUCAUCGACUUUCUGCCCGCCACAGCCUGGCAAGUCACCUUCAACGACUACUUCGCCGUCUUCUUUGUCCGGCUGCACGCGCUGCUGCAGCGCGCAGGCAAGCUGCCCCCUCCCCUCCCUGGCCGCGUUUGCCACAGCCUCCUUCACAUUUCCUUCGUCUUCCUGCUGCUCCCCGGCCGGACCAGCAGCCGCAGCAAGCUGCUGGCGGGCGUCGCGUACCAGCCAGAGUGGGCCAAGCCGCUGCUGCCCAACUCUCGCCCCUCCUCGUGGGCGCACUGCGGGAAAGCCAUCCGCGGCUACUCGGCGGAGAUCGGCCACUCCCUCGACUACACGCUGCUCUGGUGA